UUUUUUUCCCACACACACACACACACGCGACAUGCCUGUUACUCCAUGACAGUGCGGACGACUCAUGGCGACACCCGCACAAGCCACCGUCCAUACCAUGCUGCCAGACACACAAUUCCCAGCCUGCUCGGCUCCGCAUGUCAGGGUCCUCGUGGUUGGUGGGUCCUCCGCCAAGCCGGCCACCAUGAUCCGGCAGCGACGGAUCGCCCGGAUUUGGCAAGGAGGUGAGGAACGAAACGAAAAGGCCUGCUCAGCAAUGGCCGUGACACACACACACACACACACACACACACCCCGCUGACUCGUCCAGUCCAUCGCCAGCCAGCUCGGUCUAACAAUCAAGCCUGAGCCUGAGCCUGAGCCCGCUGCCACGGAGCAAUGUCGCUGCCGCCGCCAUGGCCGGAACAGCAACAGCGUUCCUGGCGGCUUCGUCUCCCGGCAGUGUCUCCUGCGAGAUGGUGCAGGCAAGGACCUCCCGACGACACUCGCCAUCUCACAGCCGCUGUCUAUAGAGGACCUCUUGCACUAUCCGGGAGGCCCGCGCGCACGGCUCGAGGGCAUCGACGUGCUCAUCUUUGUCGUCUCACUCAGCGCCCGGGCGAGUUUCGAAUCCCUCGCCCAACUCUCUGUUCUCCUCGAGGACAACACCACCACCGCUGCCGCCCUGGACGAGCUCGGCCUACAGUCUCCGCAACUCAUCAGGUUGCUGCUUGCCGUCCAGCAGCCGCAGCAACAACAACAACCAGCCCAAGUGAACGAGGUCUCGGACGACCAAGUGCGGUGGCUGGCAGACGUGCUCACUGGGGGGCGGCACGUCGUGGUGCUCGCAGGCGAUGUGGAAAGGGCAGCGAAGGUGCUCGAGGACAUUGCAGGCGAAGUCGUCACCACCACCGCUGCUGCCAGAGGUGUGCCCAGGAGUGGUGGUGGUGGUGGUGGUGCGUCCGUCGGCUCCGGGGACGCCAACGUAGCAGUCGGGGUGGACAGGCCCCUGUCCAAUCAAGCCGUCGAGGACGCGCGGAUCGGGCACGACGGCUUGAAAAAUGGGGAGUGGGUGCGCAAGAUCUUUGGCAGGAAAUAGACACCAACCCCCCUGCCUUAUAUGUGAGCAACUAUCAACAUGAUUGUCAUUUUUCUGGUGCUAUAUGUGACAUAGCAUCCAAGCUAUCAGUAUACUACAUGACCCCCGCGAAGCAGUGCCAUACUCAAAACUAAGCCCUGUUCCAAUGCCAG